AUGUGGAAUGCGGAUCGAGAAGAGAUGUCUGAGAAAAAAGAGCUGAGACAUCAACUUCUGGAGAGACUUCUGGAUAAAAUACAAUUGGCAUUCACCGCAACCCCACAAAAUUUGGAUUACUUGGAAUUUGUUUGUCGCCAGGAGCUGUAUCUUCUGCAGGCCCUAUCCAACCACAUACAAGUACCAACUGCUAUCACCCAGGCUUUGCAGGAACUCUUUGAACUUGUGAGAGCACAACUGGAACAUCCAGCCCUAUGUGUCACAGUGGAGAUCACAGGCACCCAAGGACGGCCCAAAAUUUUGGUUGACGAACGGCGUUUAAAGGAAAUGCUUGAUCUCCACCUUCCUGUGCCUUGCAUAGCCACACUGAUGGGUGUGUCAAGAAGGACAAUAUAUCGCCGAAUGAAAGAGAAUGAGCUCUCUGUCAGGGAAAUGUAUAGUCCCAUUACUGAUGCUGAACUUGACAAUUUGGUUUCUUCCAUCAAGAAUGACUUACCAAAUGCAGGCUACAGGAUGGUGAAAGGCAGAUUGGAAUCUCUGGGACACAGAGUUCAGUGGAGACGAGUUGCAGCCUGCAUGCAGAGAGUUGAUUCCAUGGGCAUCAUCUCAAGACUGUCAAGUCUUGGCUGUGUGGUACGCAGAGUCUACUCUGUACCAGGGCCCUUGUCCCUGGUACAUGUGGACACAAAUCACAAGUUGAUCAGAUACAACACUGUCAUAUUUGGAGGAAUCGAUGGUUUUUCCAGAAAGAUACUGUACUUGAAUGCAGCGACAAACAACUGUGCUUCAACAGCAUUUCACUUCUUCCUGGAGGCCACUCAGCAGCAUGGUUUACCCUCAAGAGUACGAGCUGACCAGGGAGUGGAGAAUGUGGACAUUGCCCGGUUUAUGUUCACUGUCCGUGGCAACGAUCGGGGAAGUUUCAUCUCGGGAAAAAGUGUCCACAAUCAAAGCUACAAUCACUCGUCUUUCACAUAUUAACACAAUAUCUUGGUUCCAUUCCUUCAUGGAAAUGCAAUUUUUUUGUUGUUGUUGUGACCCUCCAUAGGAUAGAGCGGUUGUGGCGAGAUGUGUGGAUCUCUGUAUCAUCAAAAUAUUACAACCUUCUACACUCUCUUGAAGAAAAUGGCCUCCUGGACAUCUCGUGUACGGACGACAUAUUCUGUGUCCAUUACGUAUUUCUUCAAAGACUCAAAAAAGACUUGGAGAUCUUCACUGAAGGCUGGAACCACCAUCCACUCCGUACUGCGGGAAACCAGAGUCCGAUACAG